UACCUGCAAGAAAUUGUAUCACGAAAUAUAAUUCUGUAAUUAAAAUAAUGAGUUUGUUCGUGAUGCAGAAUUUCCAUGGAUUAACUCUAUUUAUAUUACUCAUAUCUAUUCUAACCUUAUCUAUCAGUGAUGAAAUUAAAACAGAUGGUAGUAAGUCUUUAAUGCCUACAUCAAAUCCACGUUUUAUCGAUGGAGAUUCUAAAACCGAACAUCGAACUUUAUCUUCGUCAAUUCACUUUACACGUGAAUCUGUUAAUUCUAUAGAAAUACUGAAUAGAAAUAUUGCCACCCCUUCAGUUGCAGGGGAAGGUGGUCCAAUUUUUAUUGUUUCUACUACUGAACAAACAUCUACCACUUCCCAUUUAAUAAAUACUGUCAGUAAUUCAAAUGUACAGUCCAAUUUAACAAAAGAGGAAGAUAAUGCUUCAUAUGUAAAAAGAAGAAAGAAUACUUCUAAAAUUGUAUCGAGGAAAGGAGCAGAAAAUGAAGCCACUCCUUCAGUUGAAAGGACAUCUGAUGAUGUAAAGCCAGUAAUUGAAUCUUCAACAAUAGCUAAUAUUGUUCACACUAAUGAGAAGGUUGAUAUAAAUGUAAAUAAUUCAAAAUCAAAUAUUACUGACAAGCAUAUAAGUAAUGUUCCAAACACUACUGUAAAUAGUAUUUUACAUCUUAUAAAUAUAACACAGCAAAAAUUAUCAACAAAUGCUCCUAUAACAGCAUCAUCAACCCAAGAACAUAAACCUAAACCAACAGCAACAGUAAUAGGACCUAAUAGUGAUAAACAGGCAUCUAUACCUCAUAUUAAAGGUUCACGCUUAGGAAUGCCAAAGAAAAUUGAUUAUGUUUUACCAGUUAUUAUUACUCUUAUAGCUUUGCCAGUUUUGGGUGCUAUUAUUUUUAUGGUUUAUAAACAAGGUAGAGAUUGUUGGGAUAAGAGACAUUACAGGCGAAUGGAUUUUCUUAUUGAUGGAAUGUAUAAUGAUUAAUGUUUACAAAUGAAAUGGCAUUUAAAAAGUUGGAUCAUAAAGCUACUUUCAUAUGCAAUAUAUAUAUACAUUUCGUAUAUACAAUAUAUUACAUAACAAUUGAAUAUA